AUGUUUCCUGACGGAAAGGACAUGUUGGCAUCAAUUCCUAUGCCAGGCAGUGCCCCGCCACCUCCACCAUCGACCGAAGGGAACACUGCUUGGGAAAAAGCGCAGCAAGCUUUGAAAAAGAUUGGAACGCAAACUCCGACAAAAAGUACAAAUAAUCAGCCUCCUCCACCUCCUACUUCUACUUCGCAGGCUAUGAAUGCACAUGCUCUGAUGAUGCAGUACUACCCGUGGAUGGCUCAGCAAUAUGGUAUGCAGUAUCCUCCAGCACCAAACUAUGCCACGGGGUAUCAGCAGCAAUCGCAACAAAACUACACGACAUCCUCGGCCAACCUUCCAUGGAAUCAGCCACAACAGUGGACCAACACGAAGCAGUGGAAUAAUCGACAACCGCCUCAACAACAGAAGCAGCCGCAGUCUCGUGCUCCAAAGAAGUUUACACCGUUCUCCUUAGCUGCUCGUGCACCUCCCACAACAGCACCGAAAGCGGCGGCACAAGCGCCUUCCGUCGUGAGUGCGCAGUCACCAGGCGGACUCGGUGUAAUGCCAGAUAAUGUGAGGCGCUAUGUGGAACGAGCGUAUCUGGCGGCGCAAUGUGCCGAGGACCGUCAAAAGGUGCAGGAGUAUUUGGAGAAGCGACUGCGACCGUUGUUGCAGGCUGGAACGACACGCGCCAUCGACUGGGAUCGUGAGCCGUUACCCCACGAACGCGGUUACGAACUUCCAGCCUCGUGGACACCGGUGGCUGCUUUACGUGCAUCGAUGCAGCCUAAUAUCGGCAACAAGGCCACAGCGCAGCAUUCUAAACGUGAACGAAAGCGGACGGCAUCGCCGGACGCCAAAGCCGACACUAAACGCGAUCGGCGUAGCAGUAGCAGUUCAAGCGAUGUGGAGGUUAUCAAAGUCAAGUCGACUGUUUCGAAGAAGAAGUCUCAGAAGGAACGUAAGCGUGAAGCUCAUCUGUCUAAAAAGGAAAAGCGUAAGCAGCAAAAUGCUGAAAAACAGAAGAAGGAGACUACUCGUUGGCAUGUAGAAGAGGACUCCAACAGGAUCGAAGAGAGAGCGCGAAGAUUUGCAGACGAUGCGCGCAAUGCUAGUGCUUCGGCUAUAGCAGCUUCUCGUCCAGUGCGAAUGAAACUCGUCAAGGGUACCUGCCAAAAUAUAGAGAAAAGCUUUUUCAGGCUAACCGCGGCGCCAGAUCCAAGUCAAGUGCGACCACCUGAGAUUCUGGAGAAAUCGUUGGAAAAUGUAAAGGAAAAGUACCGGUCAAAAGCUCCCUAUCGGUACUUGUCAGAUCAACUUCGAUCGAUCAGGCAAGAUCUCACUGUGCAACGGGUAAGGAACAAGUUUACGGUCCAGGUUUACGAAAUCAAUGCUCGGGUUGCUCUUGAAAAUAAGGAUCGAGAAGAAUUCAACAAGUGUCAAAGCCAAUUGAAGCUCUUGUACAAUGAAGUAGCGGGCUGUCCAAAUGAAGCGGAGUUCAUAGCAUAUCGUCUGCUGUACUAUAUUGCAAUGGCGAACACCCUCGACAUUUCAUCUCUUCUGAAAGGCUUGACAGACUCGCUGAGGACCGAUGAGUGUGUUUUAUUUGCGAUGCGAGUCCGACGGGCUGUGUCGCUGGGAAAUUAUCCAACUCUUUUCAGAUUAUAUAACUCUGCUCCGAAAAUGUGCCCAUACCUGAUGGAUUUGUUCGUUGAACGAGAGCGGAAAGCGGCGCUUGUGCAAGUAUUCAAAGCGUUCCGUCCAACAAUUUCUGUCAGCAAGGUGAGUGAGUGGUUGGGCAUGUCCGAAUCAUCGCUGGUGGAAUGGCUGAAUCUUUUGGAAAUUGAAUGCCAAGUGGGCGGUGCGAUUGACUGUCGCGUGUACGCGACGAAGACGUUUUAG